GCUUUCUUGCCAGUCUGUUUUCGUAGGCACCCCGCAUUUCAUUUUCGAUAAGAUUUCGAGUGAUCAUUAAGUUUGAACAGUAUUCAAGUCGUUAGUAGUGUUACUUGUUUGCAUUUUUUGAUUUUCUUCCUUGGAAAACACCAGCGGGAGAAAAUUAUAAAUUUUCCCGCGAUAGUGAUAGCGUAGCGUAGCGUAGACCUCCGCGCCGGUUCAACGAACGUGGUCCUAUUUUUUUGCUUUUUUUCUAUUUCGUCCGAAAAUUCCGAAGAGUGAAGGAUUCAUUUAACGCUUUAAGUAUUUUCAUUGAAAGCUUUUUAAAAUUGAAUCGCACGUCUGCUGUAUACCUGAAGAUUGAGUCGUACAUACAAUGCACCGUUUGCUGAAAUCCUCGGUCAUACUACUGAAUUUUCUGCUGAACCUGGUGAGAUGCGAAAUCGGCGGCUUGUCCCCGGCGUGGCAGCAGUAUUUCCCAGACACUACCUGGGCCACCUAUCCAGAGCAGCUUCAUUACCGCCCCUCAAGACUGAGAAUUGGACAAGGCUCUUAUCGCAUGCUUCCCCCUACAAGCGCAGAGCUAAAUUGUGAUUUUCCAGAUUCUAUGCUUAUGCUAUCUAAUAUAGUAUGGGAACGAGCAGAUAUGGGAAUGCGUGACUUAAACACGCUGUAUAGAAGACACGGAAUUCCUCAUCAAUACGACGUUCACGUCAGACCCAGAGGUAGCACUCUCCACCUUUUUGACGUUUCACCAAUAGAUCGUGGCCUGUACAGAUGUAUCGCAACUGCUAUGGAUCCUGCAAACAAUAGAGUAAUUACUUUGUUCCAAGACACUGAAUUCUAUCCUGAUCUUGGUUUAGGUGGCCUUGUCCCAGAAGUUAAAACUUGAUUAUUUUGAAUCAAAACUCGAACUCCCUGCCAAUCAAACUUAUAUUAAUUAAAUUGUGUUUACUGCAGUGUAAAAAGACAAUCAGUAUUGAAAAUUGUUGAUAGUGUGCCUGCAUUGCAAGUCUCUGAAUUUCAACCUUUCUUUGUAUUUAACCUA